GAAGCUUUUUUAUUGUCCACAUGACUCUCAUGAGAUUCUUGUUUGCUGCCUUUUGCCCACAGGGCAGCGAACACAACGCGGAUUAGGGCUAUUACUUUUUAUUCUCUGCAUGCAGGUUGCUUUAUUUUAUUUACUUUUUUAAAUUUUUUUUAAAAACAAGGUUAUUUCAAGGAUCAGCUGAACUUUUUCCAGUAGCGUUCAUUUCGAAAGCGACCCGGUAGGUUGUCUGCACCAGUGAUCCGCAGCUGUUUGUUAUGCAAACAGUAAACGCAGCUAGGGGAAUGAAAGGAGAAGUCAAUGACGUUUGGGUUGGUGUAACCUACUUUUAAAGCAAACGCUAAAUAGCUCUGUAGAUGUGCGACAUUGCGUUAAAGCCGCACACCGCAGCGUCAGUGUUUGGAUGUCAUGCAAAGUAGCUUACAAUGUGAAUUCUUGUUUAUAAUUUGGCUGUGAUGACACACACUCACAGAGCACAGGAAACUGUCCGAGGCUUCUACGGUUAUGAAACAUGUAGAACAAAAUAGUUAAUGUGUAACAGGGAAAGCACACGUGGACCUUUGCAGAAUGAAACUUGGUUCAUAGAGUGUGGGAAAUUUCCUUCCUGGCCAGGAGCUGAUACAUCUGAGACAUUAAUGUACAUAAAUAAUGCUGGACUUAAACAGAACAAAUGCAGGCUGGAUUAAACAAGUAAUUCUAUUAGAUGGAUUACAGAUGAAAGCUGUGCAGGAAGGCGGUAAGUACACCUUUAUUGAGGUCACUGAAGUGAGUGCUCUGACCCAUGAUCAGUCAUGACCUUGAUGACUUAUCUAUCUGGUAGUAUCCCACUCUGAAGCUCACUGUAUGUGAAAGCAAGACAAGGUUACCAUCUGCAGUCUAAUGGGCUUUGACGUGCAGCCUGUCACUCACUUCCUAAAGAAGGAUUAUAGAAUCAAACUUCAAGACUCACAGCUGACUGCCAGGUGCUUUGACAGCUGUAGAUUUCCACAUCGCAUGACCAUUGUGUUGUUGUUGUUGUUGUUGUUUUUUUUAAAUCAAAUAUGAAUUUAAGAACCUAAGCACCCUUCAUGUCAGAGCUGAAACUCUCGGUUCCUUCUCCACAGCAUAGACCCCGUGUAUGCCACCUUUGCCUGUGUUUCUCUGGAUGGAUAGUGGACCCGCCUCACCUUCUUCCUCCAUGUUGGCGGGCCGUUCCACAUUGUGGCGUCUGUCUGAGAGGAGGAGCAGAAAGGCUGGGUCAGCAAACAUUUUCAGCAAUGUGAAUCUGUGGCAGCUCCAGAGGCUCUUCAGGGCAGCAGGGGACCAGGAUGCGGAGCAGAGGGCCCAGUUAAUUUGGGGCCACGGAGAUGAGGCUGAACUUGCUAAGGCCUUAAUAGGACUGAGGGCCCGAAGCCACCACAAAGGGCUAAGGACUAAUGGAAGGGAUGUGUUGGGCACACACUGGCUGCGAGCCUUCAGCCACCUCAGGAUUGGGGAGAGCUCACCAAGCAGCCAGGGGAAAGAUCCCAGCGAGGAGAGCGAUUCUGAGGCAGGAGCACAGAGCAGUCCAGAGCCCCGAAGACACACCUCAGUAGGAACAGGAAGAGUAGCAGGGUCCUCAGUGGUACUAAAUGAGAGCCAGGACCCUGCAAUGACACCUGAGAAACCAGUCAGAUCCAAUUCAGUACUGAGAAGAGGAGGGGAGAACAAACCAGAGAGAUACCUACACCGAAUACUCCACUGACUUCACAGUCAAAACUGGAACGAGGUUGAAAUAUAACACAGGCACAGAUAAGGCAGUGGCAGUUUUAGGUGGAACUAAUAACGGAAAAGUUUCUCAUAAUACCAAAGUGUCUUAUUGGCAGGAUCUGCCCUGUGGCACACCUGCACUACACAUCCACUUGAACAUUUCAGCACAAACCAGUGACUGGUUGAAGGUAUCUCACACCUUUUUACAGUGAAUGGCUCUCCAUAACUGCCUUGUGUUUUCUUAAAUGCAUCCUACCAGCCACACUAACCAGGCACACUGACAAUUUGUUAUUGCUGAUAUGAGUUUAAGUGGUUUCCAUUUUGAAAUCAGUAUCCGGACAACCCAUUAUAAAACGAUUUAACUAUAUUGCAAAGUCACACUUUCGGUACCACCAGAAGGCAUAUGUAUUUCCAUAUUAUAUACUUUAUGUAUGCACACGUGUUUAUAUGUUUGUAAUUUAGCUUGAAAAUAUGUUAAUGUUCAAAUUUUGUAUUAACACUAACCAAUGCUGGAAAAGGAAAAUGUCACACAACCAAGAUCAGGUGCAUUUUACCCCCCAUGUUCCAGAGUCAUGAGUGUGGUACAUUACACUACAUUAUAAAUAUUAUGAAAAGUAGGAAUAACACUGGACUCACGUCAUUGUACAGAGUGAAUGAGUCAAAUGUUACAUUGAUUGAACUGCUCCACCAGUUUAUCUUGUCCUUGGUUUGUGCUUCAAUAAGCAGAGAUAAGUAGAGAAUGCAUAAGAUGUUUAUUAAGUCUGACAAUACAGAAAUGGGUUAAAUAGAAAGAGGAAGGAUGCUUGAGUGUCUAGACGGUGGAAUAAAAGAGAUUUAGAGAUGCAGGUUGGAUAGUCAAAGGCUUAAAAGAGUGUAUGAAGCAUAUACAUUAAAAAGUAGCCACAGCAGAGUGAUUAGCUCACAUAUAGCGCCACCAGAAACGAAUCAAGAGGCACAUUCUGGAGGAAGUGGUUGAGCAGGUCAAAGCAUAAAUAUUAGUAUAAAGAGGAGGGAUUCCCAGUGUAUUGAAUAGAAUUUUCACCAAAGCUUCAUUUGUUUAAAGUGUCAGGAAGUCAAAAAUAAUACAUUUUGAGUGCAAUGCUCACUGCGCAGGGAAAGGCAAACUUGAAAAAGCAGUGUUUAAGCUCAGUGUGAAAUCCCACUGUGCCGAUGAAUAUAAAACCUCGUCAGAUGGCUGGAAACUGAAAUUGUCAUUUUUGAUUUUUAGUAAUAAAGUCUUUGUAUUUUC